CCAAGUUGGAGGAACUAGGGGCCCUGAUCACCCAGACAACCAGCUGCUGCAUUCUCACAGGAACUAGCACACAGCAACAGGAAACAUGGGUCCAAGGCUGCUCAUUUCUGGAGCUGGUCUCCUGCUGUUGGUGGUGGGGCUCAUGGGAAUGCUGCCCUCUUCUGAGCUGCGGCCACCUGGUUUCACCCCUACUAUGUGGUUUGACACCCAGCAUGUAAAUAUGUCCCACCCCCAAUGUAAUCCUUCCAUGCAAGUGAUUAACAGUCUAACUAGGUUUUGUAAAAACAAAAAUACUUUUCUUCAUACAACUUAUGUUAACGUUGUUAAUGUUUGUGGCUCCCCAAACAUUCAAUGUAGUAGCUCUACACAAAAUAACUGUCAUGACAGUCCACACCAGGUGGAUAUAACAGUCUGUGACCUCAUAGGACCUCGAGCAGUUUAUCCAAACUGCAACUAUCAUCAGACACAAGCAACAAAGUACUACACAGUUGCUUGUAACCCAAAAUCUCCACAGGACACUGUCCCAUUUCCGAUGGUUCCAGUUCAUCUGGAUAAGACGUUUUAGCUCCUGUACCAGCAUUUCCUGCCAUGGCUCACCUCCAGCAAUAUGGUCAGACUGAAGAUCCAACUCCUCGACCACAUCUGAUUCUCUCCUCCUAGAACAAGUCCCCAACCUCUUACUUCGCAGCUGACCUCCUGCCCUCUGUGACCUAUGCAAUAAACA